AUGAGUAGACAAGAACAACAAGAAAGUGAAGAAUCAUUAGAUUCUUAUAAACGAAUAGUUAUAUAUGAAGAUAGAUUUGACAGAAGUAUUAGAGAAACUAUUUCUGUAGAAAAAUAUGAACAAGAAAUUAAUCAAGAAAGAAACGAAAGAGAACCCACUUCUGUUAAAUUAAUAAAACAAUUGAUUACUGA